CUCCUGCGUGCAGCCACGAUUUUGCUGAGCUAAAUGUGUCUGAGCCAGUCUAGACAAGAGCUUACAGCGACCGCUUCUCGCUGCCCCCUCCGGUGCCCGCAGUGCUGCCACAGGGAUGCAGCUUCACAUCAGGCUGUGUGAUGCUCAGGCUGGAUCCAGGUGCAGUGGAGUGCCCGUCCAGCCCAAGGCUGCCAUAACCUUUGUGUUAUCUGCUGGUUUUUGCCCCUGGUGCUGCUGGCUGCUGGGUGAAUUCCUGAGGAAUAAGGCCAAAAGGUGGCACACAGUGGCCCAUAUACCCGUGUUCUAAGCGGUGGGUGAUGUCCUGUCACUGUGCCCUCCCCAGCCCUCACCCCUUUCUCCAUGUCAUACAGAUCGACGAGAUGCCAGAAGCUGCAGUAAAAUCCUCCUCCAACAAAUACCAAGUCUUCUUCUUUGGGACCCAUGAAACGGCAUUCCUGGGGCCCAAAGACCUCUUCCCCUAUGAAGAAUGCAAGGAGAAGUUUGGGAAACCCAACAAAAGGAAAGGGUUCAGUGAAGGUUUGUGGGAAAUAGAGCACAACCCAACUGUCAAAGCCUCCGGGUACCAGCCCACCCAGAAGAAGACCUGCUCUGAGGACGCUGAGCCAGAGCAAGAGCCAGAGGGUGAUGGGGAGAAGAAGGGUAACGCAGAGGGCAGCAGCGAUGAAGAGGGGAAGCUAGUGAUUGAUGAGCAAUCCAAGGAGAAGAACGAAAAAGCCGGGAUCAAGAGGAAAGCAGAAGAUGCUUUGGAGGACUCCCCCAAACGCACCAAGGAGAUGGAGGGGCAGGAAGCAGAGAAGAAGAUAGACAACGAAGAGGCCCCCAAGGAGGAGCUGAAGCCCAACCCAGCCGAAGGGGAGAAGGAGAAGAACAGUGAUGCUGCCAGCGUGCCAGACGCCAAUGAAGCCAAGCAGGAGGGCAAGGAUAAGGCGGAGGAGGUCAGAGACCACAAGGAGAGCCUGUAGUGGCCUCCCUGGCGAGCUGAUCUCCCGCUGUCCCUUCCCUGCUGGGCUCCCAGGGUGUUGCCCCAUCUCACCCUCGUCACGUCCACGGCUCCGGAAACGAGAAACAAACAGAAAAUGAAAUUAAAAAAAAAAAAAAAAAAAAAAAAAAAAGAAAUGAAGAGAAACCCAGUAAUGAGAACCCCUGAACCGACCUGCAUCUCCUGGCCCUGCUGUCGUGGGGCGCAUGCUUUGUAUUAGUGAUUUCUAGGGGGCUGAUCAGUUGAUUUGAAAUAAAAGCGAUUCAUGCCUUUUUAAA